ACAGUCGUUUCAAAUCAAAUACUGAAAACGUUACAAUUUCCUACAGCAGUAGAUGGAAUACAUAGCUUUAUAAUAUUUUUAUUCGCAGCUAAGUUUAUAUAUAAUAAUAUUUAAAUAGUGGAAGCAAUGGAGACGUGGUCACAAGUCAUUCUUGAAUGGGUGAAUUGCUUGGAACUUCUAGAUACCUCUAUAAGUAGUUUAGAAGAAUUACACGAUGGAAAGUUUUAUGAGAAAUUAAUUAGUUUAUUGUCAUGCAAAAGUAAAGAUCAUUUUGUAAAUAAUGAAGAUUUCAUCUAUGAAUUUAUACAAGAAGAGUAUCCUAAUUUUCUGGUUGGAGAUCACAAUAGCCAUGCUCUUGACGUCAUUAGUAUUACAUCAUUGUUACUUCUACGAACAUCACAAGAACAUGAGUUUCAGAGACCGAUGUGUCUUAAGCUGCAUCUUGAGACACAGGUCAAAAUUAAAAUAUUCCUGGAGUGUGUACUUCGAUAUGGCAAAGAUUUAACUCCUGAUGUUCUAAUGAUGGCAAUCUCUGAACUUAGUGAUGACACCCCAAAAACACCACCAGCAACCCCUAAAGUUCAACCUCUCAAAAGAUUCUUUAAUUCACCUGUUGCGCGUUCUGCAAGAAAUAACAGACUUGCAAAUGAGCAUAUUCGUGAGAUUAGACGCUUGGAAUCGGCCUUAGAGUCUGAACGAUUUGAAAAAUUUGAUUUACAAGACGAGUUAAAUGCCGAACGCAAGAAAAUACAAAUCUUAGAGAGGAGGUAUAGUGAUAAAUCUAGAGAAUUGGAGGUUCUACGUGAAGAAUUAAGAUCUAAACCCAUGACGCCGCGUUCUUCCACUAAGAAGCAGAACACUCGCGAGAGCAUUGAGUGUUACAGAAAAGAAAUCAAGUCUCUUGAAGAGUACUCUGCGAGUCUCAGAGCAGAGGUAGAUAAACUUACCGAUGAGAAUGAGAAUCUAACAAAGAACCUUGCAUCCUCCACAAGACAAUUCUCAUCACUCAAAGAAAAGUUCGAACGUACAGAGCUUUCAUUGGAGACGCUGUCUAUCCGAGCAGAGCUUAAAGAACGGGAACUCUUAGAGCUUGAAUUACAGAAUGAAGAAUUGCGUAGUCACCUACAAGAAAUGCGAAAAGCAUCUAUGGGAGAGCAGAGUUUUGAAGUUGAUAGUUUUGUUGCUGCAAAUUCUUCAUUGCGUUUACCAAACGAUGGUGAAGUUUUGAGUUCUGUUAUUGACAUUCAACUCCAGGAAGCGAGGGAAGAGGCUCGAGUACUUCGAGCACGUUUGGAGGGGAUGUCCAGAAAAUUGGAAUUAGUUGAUUGCGUAGUCGUGGAAUACACUAGUAGAAUUAAGAGUCUUGAAAAGAACAUGGUGCAAGUGGAAACUGAAAAUUCUCAUUUAAAGUCUAAUAUCGAAUAUGCUACAAAAACCACAAAAGAAUUUAUGAAUGAAAUUGCACGUUUAUCACUGGAACAUGAUCUUGAAUUAAAAGAUUUAACAAUUGGCGAACUAUCCAGCCAAUUCACAGAUUUGAUAUCUUCGUUGAAGUCAGCAAAUGACUGUAAGAAAAUAGAAAUCAAGGAACUUGAUGUUAAACUUAUAGAAGCAAAUACUACAAUAUCAACAUUGAACGAUACAAUUUGUACUAUAGAAAAGAAGAAUGAGGAAAAUAUUAUGGAGCAGGCUAAACUGUUGAAAGAAAUAAAGACCUCUGAUCUAAAGAUCAAGAAUUUCGAAAGCUCAAUGUUAGAAUAUUCAGCACGUGUUAAUAGUCUUCAAGAAGAAAUCAAAGAAUUAAAAAACAAAAACUCUUCCUUAAACUCUGAUAUACAAAAUAUCGUAACGGACGCAAAGGGAUUCAUGAUGAAAAUUGCACGAUUAUCACGUAAGGAUGUUCUCGAUGUAAAUGAUUGUCCACCGACAGAACUAUCCACACAAUUUGAAAAUCUUAUAACUUCCUUAGAAUCAGUGAAUGACUCUAAAGAAAAGCAAAUCAAACAACUGGACAUUCAACUCAAGGAAGCAAAUACACAAAUUUUGAUGAUAAAAGAAAAAGUCAAAAGCAUGGAAAAAAAAGAUGGAGAAAAUACUUUAGAAUUGACUAAAAUGUCAGACCGUCUUCAAGACUCUGCAGAGAAGACCAAAGAACUGGAAGAAACCGUAUCCAAGUACACAAUAGAAAGAGCAACCAACUUGAAGGAAUUCAAUAUAGAGAGAGAAUCACUAAACAACUGUAUUAACAAAUUGCAGUGUGAAUUACAUGAUAGAAAAUCCUUAAUUGAGUCCCUGACAUCGCGUGUAAAUGAUUUAAAGAAUGAGAAGGAUAUCAUGUUUGAAGAAUCCGAAUCAUCCAAACGUAACUUCAGUCAGAAAAUCAUGGAUUACCAGGGUCAAAUUGCAAAAUCCAUACAAAAAUUAUCUGAGUAUCAAACUUUGCAAAAGGAAUUGGAAGAGUUGAACCUAGAAAGAAUAAAUCUAAACACUGAAAUUACUGCUAAAGAUGAAAAUCUAAGAAAUGUGCAACAAAGAAAUGUUGAGUUAGAAACACUACUCUCUGAGAAAUCGGAAACUAGUAAUCAGCUAAAUAUGAAUAUGCUCAGCUUGCAAAAUGAAUUGGAUCGAUCAAACGUCAAAAUAGAACAGUUGGAAUCUGAGAAGAAAUCAUUAGAAGAUCGAUUAAAAAUGACUAAUAUCGAAACUGAUAAAUUAAUAGACUCCUUAAAAUUACGGAUUUCCGAACUAUCUAUGGAUUUAAGUUCAUUACACGAAGAGAAAGAUUCUCUGCGACGAAGAUUGUCUAUUGCCCUGGAAGAAAUUAAGUCCGAAGGUGAACGAAAUGAAGCUUUAUUAAGUGGACGAGAAUACCAUAGGAUAGAAAAUGAACGACUCCUGGAACAACAGCGACAACGCGAACUUCAGAUGAAAGAGAUUGUCGUGAACCUUCAGGAAAUUGGUGCUAGUCGCGAUGCCGUACUGGAGGCUCGCGCAUUGGCUCUUCAGGAAAGCAAUCACCAACUUGAGGAGCUUCGGAAAGAAUUCCAGGUCACAAAAGCUGCACUUGAAGAUGAGCUUCAGAAAGAAAAAUUAUCUAAAACUGAAAUAGAAACGAUGUACAAUGACUUACGAGUUAAAUAUAUUGACUUGGAAAACAAAUAUAUUGACUUGAGUAACAAACGCGUAAACUUAGAGAACAAGUGUGGCGACUUAGAGAAUAGCUAUAGAGACUUGGAGAACAAGUGCGAUGUUUUGAAGAACAACUUGAGCGAUACAAACAACAAAUGUACUCAGCUCAAGAAUGAGUGUAGCGAUAUGGAGAAGAAAUGUGUCGACUUGGAGAAUGAGUCUAGCAGCUUGAAGAAAAACUGUAAAGAAUUUGAAACCAAAUGUACAAAUUUGGAAAACAAUUAUACCGACAUGGAGAAUAAGUAUUUCGACUUAGAAAAGAAAUAUACCGAUUUGACGAAAAAGUGUUGUGAUUUUCAAAAUCGCAUUAGCGAUGACACUAUUAAGCUAAAAAAACUGGAAGACAAUUUGAAUAAUGAAAAAUUAGAAUUGAAGACAAUCAAGGAAUGUUGUAGAAAUUUGAUACAACGAAAGGAAUCACUAUGGGAAUUAAUCUCAAAGGUGAUAACGUUCAGAAAUCUUUUAAAUGUUGAUGUUAAUUCCAUUAAAGAAUACUGGAUUGAAGUACUCGAGAAGUUUCAAGAUUUUUGGACGAAUGACUCAUCCAUAUGCGAUGAAUCAAAGCAAUUGCGAAUUAAGAAGGAAGAAUUGCAAAAGAAAAUAUUAGACUUAAAUGGAGGAUAUUUAGAUUGUUUGUUACCCGUCAUGGAUAUAACUUGGGAAUCGUUUUUGUGGACAGAAAAAAUUCUUCAGACUAAUUUUCUUGCUCCUAGAAUUGAUCCUGUCGAGGAUUUCGACACGGAGGUGUUCCAACAGGACAUUAAAAACGUAAAUUUGAAAAAUGCUAAAUCAAUUCUGGCAGUAGAAAUGGAGAAAUUUAAUUCUUUACGUAACAAUGUGGCAACUAUUCGAAAAGAGAUUGAAAAUUUUGCAAAUUCAGCUAGUUCUUAUGAGACAAAUUUAAAGAUUAUUCAAGCGAAAGCAAAGUUAAAGGAGAAGCAGAUAGUCGACAGGUCGUCCAAGGAGAAGAAAGAGUUGAAGGAGAAGUUGGAUUUGUUUCGUAUGAGAAACACAAAACUGGAAAAGAAUUUGGACGAUUUAAGGAACGAAAUAAAAAAAUUCAAGACGGAAAAAUCCUCAGACGAAAGCCAGAAAGAAUUAACGGAUAAAAUAGAAUCCUUGCAGGGUGAUAUUCAGCGCCUUACAUUAGAACGCGAUGAACUAAGCAAGAGACCCAAGGAAGAAGAUUUCGACCAGAGGUUAAAAGAUGUUCACGAAGAAUAUGGCCAGAAGCUAGAAAAGCUUAAAUUAAAAAUGAAAGCUGCUUAUAAUGAACAAGUGGAGAAGUUAAAUCGCGACCAGGAUAAAGCCCUCCAGGAAAAAGCCGAGUCAAUGCAGAUAAAAAUGACAGAACAAUAUCGAAAACACGUUGAAGAGAUAGAAAAGUAUAAAAAACAUGUGACAGACAUGACAAACAAAUAUUGGGACGUAAGUGAGAAGUUCUUAAAUGAGAAACACGAAAAGGAAGCCGUCCUGAAGAAGCUCCAAGAAUAUAAGACAAAAUCUAGAGCUGACAAUUUCACCCAACCGUAUUCGUAUGAUAAAAUGGCCGCAAUAGUGCAAAACAGGACUUCCAGCUUGGACAGAAAGGACUUUGCAAAUGAUAGUUUAGAAGAUUCUUCCAGACGAGUAUCACGUACUAUACAAGUUAUUAAGGAAGAAACAACGUAUGCUAGACAAAGAAGUGUUAGGAAUAUUCAGGCAAUGGGUAACGCGUUUAAGGCAGAGGAUGAGGAAGGUGAAAUCUUUGAUAACACCUGCCUUGCGGAUAUGAAGCAAGGUCGUAACCUGCUAAUCCCAGACCCUGAUAGGGUCUCGAUUCUUCAGCAAAGAAAUGCUCUCUGCAAACCUCAUCUGAAGUCAUCUUAUCCAGCUGAAACACAAUUUCAUUCAACCAUUUUCAGUGAAGAUGAUAUCAAGCAUGGCUUGGGUGCGGAUGACGUAUUCAACGAUAGUCUCAGUCAAAGUUUAUUACCGGGACAGAAGACAAAAAAGCGAGAUCGAACGCAGACAUCUUAUAAGAGACCUGGACCUCCUACUCCCAGUAAGAAUGGCGGCAGGUUAUCAUUACAGGGUAAUGAGCUGUUCAGUCCUAAAUCCAGAAUCCUCCGGGAGAGGAAUGUAGAAAGAAGGAUGACGACGACUCCAAGAACUUUUAAGGAUCUUUUUUCAAGUUCGUCUUCCAGGCGAAAAGAUGAGAAUGUUACAGGAACUCCACGGGCUCGUAGACUCAGUAUCUUCAGGAAAAAUUAAGAUGUUUUACGUAGACGUUUGUACAGUUCAUCUCUUUGUAAAUAAUCAGAAUGUUCCUUAAAUACCUAGCCUUUUACUAUUAUUAUAUUAUUCAUAUUUUUAUAUGUAUACAAAUAUGACAAAUACAAUGCUGUAAUCAUGUCUUCUCAA